CUUAUAUAUAUGAAUUUUAGUGACACUUGUCGUUGUAUAUUUUUAACCUCAAAAUGAUAUAUGUCAAUUAUUUACAUUUUUGCCAAAAUUUGCUAAAAUUUCGUCCAAAUAUUCAAGCGAGAUUGUAUAUGUGUACCACCGUUUUGGAAAAAGAAGAUGAUAUUGAAGCUCCAUCCAUUAAUUAUUUGUCUUCUUCCAAUCAUUACAAAAUAGGUAGAAAACAUGCCGCCGAAAAAUUACAGGAGUUGUUCAACUUGAAACCAUCAGAUGCGAUUGAGGUCGCAUUAAGGUUUAAUAAACUAACUAAAGUAAUGACUAAAACAAUUACGGAUAAUUACGACUUAUUAAAACAGAAACAUGUGCCUCAAGAAAUUAUUUUAAGUUACUUGGAUGUAUUAGCGGAACCAAAUUUGAUGGAAAAAAUAAAAUUACUUAAGCCAUUAUCCUUACCAGUUUCACAAUUAUUUCCGUUACUAUUAAUGAGUGUGGAAGACAUCAAGAAGUUUGUGAAUACAAAUGUUGUUGACAAACGGUGUGUUCACAGUGGACGUAUCGUCUACAUUGCUACUCUACUUAAUAUUUCAGUGUACGAUGCUGCCAAAGCUUUACUUCGUAAACCCUUUUUACGUAGAAUUAAUUUGGACACAUUAAAGCAAAAGAUAGAUUUUCUGUUGGGUUGGGGUAUAACCAUGGAAGAAAUUUCAAAUGAUUAUUGGAUUUUAGCAUACAAUGAAAGCAUGAUUAAAGAAAGGAUCGAAUUUGUUAAACAGUGUAAUGUUGAUAAAAUUAAAACGUGGAUGGUGCGAGCACCAAUUCAUAUCUUAAAUAGAUAUAUACAAAGGCGAAGCGACAAUAAGCAGAUCUUAGGCGAGGCAACUUUGGUAGAGUACUUAUCUGAUAAAUUGGAAUGCAAAUUGGAGGUGGCAAAGUCUUUACUGGCAAAGCAUCCUGCCUUGCUACAUAAACAUAUGACAAAAAUUAAGGAGAUUAUCGACUUUUUAUAUGCAGAAGGUUUUACUCCGAUACACAUUGUGAGAAAUCCAAAAAUAUUGCUGCAUAGUGUGGAAACAACAGCCAAACGUUUAAAAGAGCUGAAAGCAUUGGACAUAAAGCUAGAUAGUUUAUAUAUACUGACAAAAAGUCAGAAGCAGUAUUUCAACCACUAUGAAAAUUUAGUGAAAACUAAAGGGAAAAUUAAAGAAAAUACCUCAACUUAACCUA